AGGGUGUACCCCGCCUUCCGCCCAAAUGCAGCUGAGAUAGGCUCCAGCACCCCCCGCAACCCCAAAAAGGGGCAUGCGGUAAAAAAUGGAUGGAUGGAUGAAACUCGAGGGCAGUAUGCGAGCUUGCUGGGCAAAGUGAGAGGAGAAAAGCUGGCUAUGCUAAACCGUGAAUUAGCUGGCCAGCAGAGUAAAAUGCUACACCAAACACAGGCAAACAGCUGUCAUCUGUUCAGGCCAGCUUCAAGGUAAACCAGCCAAACUAACUGCAAGCUGUGGAAAGGCGUUCAUUGAUGGGGAGUUUGUAAAGAAGUGUUUGAACGCUGUUGCGGAGGAGGUGUGUCCAGACAAGAAAGAUGCUCUGAACGCGACGGUGUUGAGGAACUGGUCCACCUGCUUGAGCGACAAAGAGUUGUGCAGCGUCUCCAGCGGGUAGAUGGAGGGCACCAUGGAGCAGCCUUCAAAGCCUGCAAGAAGCAAACAAACGAACAAAAAGAGUAAAGGAGGAACAUGAGACAGACCACUCCAGUGCCAUCUCCCUGAGCACCGGCUCCCCCCAGGGCUGCAUCCUGAGUCCGCUGCUGUUCACAUUGAUGACUCAUGACUGCUGCGCCAGGUCCACUACUAACCACAUUGUGAAGUAUGCGGACGACACGACAGUAGUGGGCCUCAUCCGUGACAACAAUGACAUGGACAACAGGGAGGAGGUGAAACAUCUGGUUGACUGGUGCAGAACCAACAACCUGGUCCUGAAUGUCAACAAGACCAAGGAGACCAUCGUCGACUUCAGGAAGCACCAGUCCAGCCACACUCCACUCUUCAUCAACGGCACAGCAGUGGAGAUAGUAAGCAGCACCAAGUUCCUGAGGGUGCAGAUAACUGACAAUAUAACCUGGUCCCUACACACCGGAGCUCUUGUAAAAAGAGCUCAGCAGCGCAUGCACUUUUUGCGUCGGAUGAAAAGAGCACAGCUCCCUCCCCCCAUUCUCAGCACAUUCUACAGAGGCACUAUAGAGAGCCUGUUGACCAACAACAUCUCUGUCUGGAUUGGCGCCCAAUGCCUCAGACUGGAAAUCUCUGCAGAGAGUGGUGAGGACGGCGGAAAAGAUCAUCAGGACUCCUCUUCUUCCUAUCCAGGAGAUCGCAAAAAGCCGCUGCCUGACCAGGGCUCAGAAAAUCUGCAGAGACUCCUCCCACCCUCACUAAGGACUGUUUUCACUGCUGGACUCUAGAAAGAGGUUCUGCAGCCUCCGUAGCAGAAUCUCCAGGUUCUGUCACAGCUUCUUCCCUCAGGCCAUAAGACUUCUUGAACGCAUCAUAAUAAUCCACUCAAUUCCCCCCCAAAAACGGAUUAACUCUCUGGAAUAUAAAGACAAUAUAACAUACAUCCAUAAACGUGGAUGCAUAUGAAAAAGUGCAAUAUAUUUAUCUGUACAGUAAUUUAUUUAUUUAUAUCUGCACCUUAUUGCUCUUGUAUCCUGCACUACAACGAGCUAAUGCAACAAAAUUUCGUUCUUAU